UGCAUAUAUGUAUAACAAUAACAGUUUACUCCUGGUUUGUCCACAUUUAAUUAUACCAAUUAUCUAUAUAAUUAUAAAAAAAACAAAACAAAAAAGACAAAAGGUUUAAUGAGCAUAGAAUUGUAUAGUCUGUUCCAACUUUAUAUGUAUAUAGUUUAUUUGUGUUUUCUACAUAUUCAGGUAUUUUUCAUUUUGUAGUUUCAUUUUUAUUUGUAAAGAUAAAUAAUAAAUAAAUCAAAAUUUUUUUUCUCAAUACUUUUAAUUCAGUCGAACUGUUUAACAUGCAACUAAUGACGAUACAACGGCAUUCAUUUAUAAAAGUGUCUUAAUAAUUCAUCAGUUACUAAAUGAUUAUGAUAUAAAUACAUGUCAACAAUAUGUGAUAAAGUUUUCUAUGUUGCAAACACAAUUUAUAUCAUUUUUGAAUAAAAUCUAUACAUGCAUUGCAUAAGGAAAUAAAUAAAGCACUACAGUAAACGUUAGUAAUAUUGGGCACUAUACGUAUGAUGAAAAAUACAACGUUUUUGUCGAGCCUGCGACUUUUGUCGCAGAAAGCUCGACAUAGGGAUAGUGAUCCGGCGGCGGCGGCGGCGUUAACUAACUCCUUAAAACUUAAUAUUUCAGAAGGUAGAAGACCUGGAUUCUUCAUACUUUGUAUAUAGAUGCCUUGUGAUAUGAAGUUUCAGUCUGUCAUAUGCCCAUUGUCUUUGACCUCAUUUUCAUUGUUCAGUGACUACUUGAAAAAAAAGUUCAGAUUUUUUGUAAUGUUAAUUUCUCUCUUACUAUGAGUAAUAGGAUAACUAUAUUUGGUAUGUGUGUACCUUGCAAGGUCUUCAUGCCUGUCAGACAGUUUUCACUUGACCUCGACCUCAUUUCAUGGAUCAGUGAACAAAGUUAAGUUUUCGUGGUCAAGUCCAUAUCUCGGAUACUAUAAGCAAUAGGUCUACUAUAUUUGGUGUAUGUAAUGAUUGCAAGGUGUACAUGUCAGUCUGGCAGGUUUUAUUUGACCUUGACCUCAUUUUCAUGGUUCAUUGCUCAAUGUUAAGUUUUUGUGUUUUGGUCUGUUUUUCUAAUACUGUAUGCAGGAGGUCAACUUUAUUUGGUGUAUUGAAAUAAUUUACGAUGUAUAUGUCAAUCUGGCAGGUUUUAUUUGACCUUGACCUAAUUCUGACGGUUCAUUGCUCAAUGUAAAGUUUUAGUGUUUUGGUCUGUUUUUCUUAAACUUUAAGCAAUUAUAGGUCAACUAUAUUUGUUGUAUGGAAUGAUUGUAAGGUGUAUAUGUCUGUCUGGCAGGUAUCAUCUGACCUUCACCUCAUUUUCAUGGUUGAUUGGUCAAUGUUCAGUUUUCCUGGUUAACUUUGUUUCUUAGAUACUUUAAGUAAUAGGUCAACUAUAUUUGAUGCAUGGCAUGAUUUUAAGGUGUACAUGUAUUUCUGGCAGGGUUCAUCUGACCUUGACUUCAUUUUAAUGGUUCAUUGGUCAGUAUAGAAUUUCCAUUAUUUGGUCUGUUUCUUUUAUACUAUAAGCAAUAGGUCAUUUAUAUUCUGUGUAUGGAAUGAUUGUAUCAAAGGUGUACAUAUAUUUCCGGCUUUGUUUAUCUGACCUUGACCUCAUUUUCUUGGAUCAUAAAUGUUAUGUGAUACUUGUAGUAAAACUUUAUAUGUAGGACUAUCAACAUAAAAUCAAUCAUCAGCAUAGAAGGCGAGACAUUUCAGCGUGUGCACUCUUGUAUAUAUAUUUCAAAAAGUCACAAAACAUUAUAUUCACAAAGUCACAAAUAACAAUAUUUCACAAAGUCAUUCAGUUCAAAUGAGGAAGAUAUGAUGCUGCGUCAGAGUAGUCUAUCAUGUUGAUGAUUCCUUGUUGGUAUCUGUCUUUCAGUAGUGAGAGUCUGGGGUCUAUAACUCUGUAUCUGCGAAAUAGUCUUUCUAGCUGUUCUUGAGUCUUGCAAAAACCAACAUUGAUGUUCAUAAUUUCCCAUGAGCUCGAUGUAAAACCAAAUCUUACUACUUUAAAUUGUUAAGAAAAAAUAACCAAAUAUGAUAAAUGACGGGAGUUCAAUGUACGCUAGCAUUAAUUUAGCCCGUUUGUGAAAGGGGGUCUUGAUCGGGACAGAAAACUGACAGAAAAACGGAGACAAAUUCAUUUUUCAGAAUUUAUUUUCACAUUGAAAUUCGUUCAGGCUUGUAAUACUGGACAAGAACGAUUUUAAUGAGAACUAAAAUGAAAACGCCAAACGACAGUGUCUUGUAAAUAUGUGGAUACACUUUCAAACGUCAAAACAUAUUAUUUAUUUAAAUGGAUCUUAAUAACAAGAAAUUAGAACAAAACAAACACAUGUUUAUAUACAUAUAUUUCGGUAAUUAUUUUUUAAUGUAUUAGGCGCUCUAUUGAUGCAUUAUCCGUUUUUUUAUUACUAUCAAUGCUGAACCACACCUAUAUACGAAGUCUUAUAUUAUAGGACUUUCCUCGUAGUUGAAACAGGGUUUUUUUUCCCAAAGGACGCCACGUUUUAUAACGUUUUCAAAUGAAAUUAAUUGAAUGGAAAAUUUCCCGACUAUAGACAAGACAAGACAUAUAUGUAGAUUUCUUAAAUUUUUCAACUGGCUUCAAUUAUUACACACAAAAUGAAAAGUUUAUUUAACAUUUUUACUAAAGCAAUAAAUCUUUAUUAUAUUUAUUUUUCCAAGGAAACCUUUAUUUGUUUGUUUGCCAAGCUUACUUGUAUGUGUUUAUUACCAUCACUAGUCACUCCUAAGUAUUGAAGAUCAAAGGACCUAACCAACAUGAUAAUUAGUAUUCAAUAUAAUCAUCGGUCAUGCAUGACAUAUCCCAGGAAAACGGCGCGUGCCGAUAAAAACUUCAAUAACUUCUUAAAUAUUGAAUUGAUUUUAUUUAGACAAAAAUUAUAAGAUCAAAAAUUAAAUUAUCUAACGAAUGUAUACCCUCAACGCUCACUAAAACAGCUAUUACAUGUCCUGAGUGCACUUUUUUGUCCUGAGCGCACUCAGGAGGUCCUGAGCGGUUUUUAGACGUACCGAGAGGAACCUACCAGUUUUUCCAAAAAUCAACAUUUAUGGUAUUUGCGCACGUACUACCAAAGAUGACCCAUUCCUGCUAACAGACGUCAAAAACAGUUGGGCGUAUGUUAAUUUUCAGUACUCAAAAGAAUCUAACACACUUAGCAGCUGCAGAUAUCAUAUAUGCUGAUGGUACAUUUUACUCCUGUCCGAGCUAAUUCUUAAAACUUUACACAUUUCACGCAAUGGUUGACGGCGCAAUGUAUCCACUGGUACACAGUUUACUUCCAGCCAAGAGCGAACUAGUAUUUCCUGGCACCAACGCAACAGGCCGUUUUUUCACUACACACAAUGCACCUGGAGAAAAGCACAAGGGAUUCAGGUUCCAUACAAGGAAGACAACAACAUUCACCAGCUAGUACGCCGUGCCGCUGUCUUUCUACUUGUACCUACUGCUGAGAUCGAUGAUGUGUGGUUUAAUGCCUUUAUCGACAUAGAUCAGAUUGAUACUAACAUCAACUACACGCCCUUCACAGAGUAUGUAACAACAUACUGGGUCGAACAGAACAGUCAUCUUUGGAACCAUUACACAACACAGGGACCGAGGACUACAAAUCAUCUAGAUGGAUGGCACAGCAAGCUGAAGAAACAUGUCCAGCACCCACGUCCAAACAUCUUUAAACUCAUAAAACUACUGAAACAUGAAGAAGCUUUCAACGCCCUGACCAUGAUCCAAUAUGCAGCCGGUAGAAAGAUUGUGGCCCAAAAACGUACAUGAUGCAGCCUCCCACCUUUUUCACGUUGAAUAGGUACAUAAGGAUGGUGAUUAUGCUACUGACAAAUGCAAUUGUACUACAAUACACCAGCAUUGUUCAAUUCGGCAAAUUACCAAGUACUUGAAGAUUUUACCAGAUGGACAUAAUCCACCUAAAGUAAGAAACGUCAAAAUAAUGUACCAUUUAAAUACCACUGGAACUGUACAUCUAACCGUUAGCUGGCAGUACUUAAAACCAGCUGAUAAACACAUCAGACUAAAAGGAUUUCUUCUGAGAAUAGAAAUAUUGGAACCAUUGAUAUCAAGAUAUAUAGUAGCAGAAAACUUCUUUAAGGGGAAAAGAAAACGGCAUGAGUACCAACUUACUAACAUAAAUCUUCCGGAGGCUACUAACGCAUCGUUUGUGCAAGUCACUGUAUGGAGUUUGAUACGUAAAAAAAAAUGGAAUUACCCGAAGUCGGAAAAAUCUUCCAAUGUUGAUAAGUGUCGACAGUAUACCGAAAAAUACGAAAUCUAUGGAAAGUCAGCGGAAUUCGAAAGGUCGAAACGAACGAUACAGAGAACAAUUACCACACAUAAAGGUCCAACAAACAGCUGUAAAUGUUGGAAAGAUGAUUUAUCUGUCAUUACAACCUCCACAGACAUUGUAGUACAAUCCUCGAAUUUCUGCCCUGAAGAUAUAUCAAUAAGUUUUGACUUAUUUUUAUCGGAAAUGCCAAAGAAAAGCACAAUGCAGUUUUAUAAAGACAGUUGCUACUACAACUUUACUAAAAUACCUGCUGGUGUUUAUACUCUAAAGAUACUGUAUCAUUGUCCACAGUAUAGCAGUGAUCCACCAUCUUGUGUUAAAAGUAGAACUAUCAACUCUACGAUGAGAUUGUCUCCUCAGGCUUCAUCAUAUCAUCAGAAUAUUACUAUUGAUGAAGAAAGAAUGAAAUGGUUGCAGUACACUAUUGGCAUUAUAACCGCAACGUUUGUUAUGUUUGUUCUAGUGGCAGUUUUCAUAUUAUGGCACCGGGAGAGAAAACAUAGUCACGAUAGACAUCAUGAUGAUUUGGGGGAUGCUCAACAUGAACCUCUAAUCAAUAACCAGGUACUACUCAUAUCAUUUGUGAAGUCAUUGGGUGUAGCUACAACGGUUUCUCGGUUUGAAGAAAUGAUAAAUACAACAUUUGGAAUCAAAACAACAAAUACGAAGAACCUAUUCAAUCAGCUACUACAUGAGGAAAGCUUAAGCAAAACACCUGAAAAUAUUGACAGUAACUUUAUUGAAAUGAUUGGACAUUUUAAUCACGUUAUAUUUGUGGCUACAAAAGAUUUAUAUGAAUCGUAUCAUACCAAAGCAUAUUUAUCUGACGCUGAAAGUUCAAUAUCUAGAAAUAAUGAAGAUUUACUACACUUCAAACUUGCCAAAAUAAUAAAAGAUCUACAGGCAAAUCAAGAUCAUCCUUCUAUUUGGUGCCACUUUGUUGCAUUUGAUAAAACGCAAAAUAGUUACUGCCAGGAUAUAUUCUCCCAUGUGAGUCCGCCGCCAGGGUUUGGCAGGAAAUAUAGGUUGGUAAGAAGUGACGUGAAAGAUUUGCGGCGUCUUAUAGAAAAUUUACCUUCCUCCAAAAGUCAUAAAGAAUUAAUAAAAGAAAUAACACAGUUUAGCAGGGAAAUAUUAGUUGAAACCCUUCAGCCUAGGAAUAAUGCAAUAGCUUCUCCACCAAAUAUACCACCGCAGCCAGGCCCGUCCUCUCAAUUGCCAGAUAGAGAUGACUCUGAUCCUAGCUUAACAGAACCAAAAUCUGGAACUGAUCAUUCAACUGAUGUUAAAGAAAGUCAAGGUGCUACCUGUAAAGAAGAUGAAACAUGCGCUACGUAUCCAAGAUCAAUGGAACAAACCGAGGUGAAAAUUGUUGAUGCAUUAGAUUCUUCGACAAAAACUAAAUCAGUGGUUUCAAUCUCCACUCGAAACAACGAACAUGAUACUGAUGUUAAAACGCUGGUUCAAACAGAUACAUCUGAGAAAUGUGUCGAUAAAGAGAAUGGUCGAUACUCCGACACAGUCCUUAAAUCGCCACAGUCGACGAAUACGGCUACAACAGUAAAUGAGGAGACGAAUAAGAAAACAGAAACUAGCCCUUUGAGCUCAAAUCAGCGUAUCAACUGCACAUAUCUGGAUGUUAAUCAAGAAACUAAAAAUGCAGUCCAAUUACCUGUACAAUCCAACCAAGCGGCAGAAAUCCCUUCCUGUUCUGAUAACGAAGACAAUGAUCAAGACACAAGCCAAGAAUUACAAGGAUUGUCCUAUAUCAAAACUAACUCGGACAUUGAGGACAAUUAGAAAGGAAGUUCGAAAAACAUAUUACUAUCCCAGCGUGCUUUUGCUACGAUACGUAGAUCAUUUGAUUAUACGGACAAGGAUAUGUUUUAAGCUUAUUGAAGUGUAUUGUUCGGCCGUUAUUAGAGUAUUGGACUCCUGUAUGGUCAUUGUAACUAAAAAGGAUGUCCGUAAAAUAGAAAAUAUUCAACAUAGGGCUACACAAAUGGUUGAUUCAGUUGAAACAAAGAAUUAUGUGAAAAGAUUAAAGACUGUUAGACUUCCUACCCUCGAAAAUAAGACUAGAUAGAUAUGACACAAACUUAUAAGUCUAUCCAUUGUAUAGAUAAUAUGUAACGGCAGAAUAUUCUUACACUGUCAAUAAGUCAUACUAGAGGUCACUAAUAUAAGUUAGCAAAGAAGAGAUGUAAUGGCAGAGUUCACCAAUAUAAGUUAUCAAAGAAGAGAUGAAUUACAACACAACGCCUUUAAAAAUACUUUUUUUCAGUGCCAGUAGUGGACAAAUGGAACAGUUUAUCUGAAAACACAAAUUCUAUUAACAAGUCUUCUAAACUCAGAAAAUUAUCCCUACAUAGGGGGAGGAAGUCGUUUCAGUCUUUCAGUCACGGUUCCAAAUAAAAAAAUGUAAUGUAUUCGUUAUUCAAAGCUUAAUACAAUAUUAACUGUUUUAUUAUGUGUCGUCUUCAUAAGGAAUUUAUCCCUACAUAAUUGAAGGAAGUCAUUUUCAUUUCACUUUCAGAUAAACUGAUGAUGUUGUGUCACUCAAUAACCCACAUGCCAAUAAAUGCUUACAUCUCAUA